GUCGACUCAGCACACACAGAUGGAGAAUGGGAAUGGGUCAUGACCAGGAGGAGUUUGCACUGAGUGGACUUGUACGUGCUGCAUUGUUUUAGAAUCCUGCGCAUUGGAUUAUGCUCUUCAUCCUGAUCUGUGGCUCUCCCGGCUUCCACUGAACUUGCUGAUUCAAUAUAAUUUUGUUUCUCUGUAUGUCAUUGCAUUCUUUGUUUAAUGCAAGCAUCGUCAUGUUUAUCAGAACAACUUUUCUCCUCUGCUUUGUGGCCUCACUCUCAAAAUGUGUUCGUUGCAUGGAAAGUGAACUUUGCUUCCCGAUUAAAUUAGAUAACCACAACCAUGAUAGGGGGGGGGUUGACAACGACUUGGAUAUCCUUUAUGGAAAGUGUGUCGUAAAAAUACGAGCUUUCCAGCAGGAACUGGUGAUCGAUUUACAUCAGGACUCUAAUUUCAUUGCCCCUCUCAUUUCUAACCAAGACGCCUUCUGGCUCUCUAACACCGAUGUCAGCACUGACCUGAGCCGGUGUUUUUACUCCGGAUAUGUGAAUUCUGACCGCAAUUCUUAUGCUGCUUUGAGCCUCUGUAAGGGUCUACAAGGUGCAUUUGGCUUCCAAGGCUGGGAAUAUUUUAUUAGUCCGGUGCAAAAUGACACCAAAAGCGCAGAAAGUGCGCACAUCAUCCGACGCAGAAGCAGCGACCUGAAGCUCAAUUUAACCUCUAGGUGCGCAGUGGACAGCGACGUAAGCAUCCAGCUUGUGCAAUCGUUGGAGAAAUACAAGCAAUUAAAAGGUUACAGCAAUGCAACCGAAACCAUGAUGAAGAGGAUGGGGAGAGCCAAAAGGUUCGCUUCGAUUCCCAGGUACGUUGAGACGCUGGUGGUGGCGGACGAGUCCAUGGCGCAGUUCCAUGGAGAUGACCUAAAACACUACCUCUUGACCCUGAUGUCAGUGGCCGCGAGGCUCUACAGACACCCGAGUAUUCUGAACUCCAUCAGCAUCGUAGUUGUGAAGAUCGUGAUUAUAUCCGAGGAGGACAAAGGACCCAAGGUGUCAGGGAACGCAGCCAUGACGCUGCGAAACUUUUGCACUUGGCAAAAAAAGAUGAACAAAAACAACGACAAGCAUCCAGAUUACUGGGACACCGCAAUCCUUUUCACUAGAGAGGACCUGUGUGGAGCCUCCACCUGUGACACUCUUGGCAUGGCGGAUGUUGGCACCAUGUGCGACCCCAAGAGGAGCUGCUCUGUGAUUGAAGACGAUGGCCUACCUUCAGCCUUCACCACUGCUCAUGAGCUCGGACACGUAUUCAACAUGCCACACGACAAUGUGAAGGCCUGUGAGGACGUGUUUGGGAAACUGCAGGACAACCACAUGAUGUCUCCCACUCUCAUUCAGAUCAACCGCACCAGCCCCUGGUCCCCCUGCAGUGCUGCCAUCAUCACUGAAUUCCUGGACAGCGGACAUGGGGAAUGUUUGCUCGACCAGCCUCAGAAACCGUUGAUCCUCUCCGACAUGCUGCCAGGAGCAUCCUACAGCCUUGAACGUCAGUGUGAGCUUGCGUUUGGAGAAGGCUCCAAGCCCUGUCCAUUCAUGCAACCACAAUGCAGUCGUCUGUGGUGCACAGGAAAAUCCAAUGGCCAUUUGGUGUGUAUGACUCGACACUUCCCCUGGGCAGAUGGCACCCACUGUGGGGACGAACAGGUCUGCGACCGAGGGAUCUGCUCUGACAAACAGGUUCAAAAUGUGAAGGUGGACGGCCGUUGGGGUAAGUGGGGCCCAUUCGGUUCAUGCUCACGCACAUGUGGAGGCGGCGUCCAGCUGUCUAAAAGAGAGUGUAACAACCCAGUUCCGUCAAAUGGGGGUAAAUACUGCCAAGGGGUUCGGGUGAAAUACCGCUCCUGCAACCUGAACCACUGCCCUGACACUGGUAAGACUUACCGUGAGGAGCAAUGUGAGACCAGUGGCCGCAGUUUCAACAGUAACCGUAUCGCCCCCUCUGUGGUGUGGGUACCCAAGUACUCUGGAGUGUCUGCCAAUGACAGGUGUAAACUCAUCUGCAGGGCUAACGGCACUGGUUACUUUUACGUCCUGGCACCCAAGGUUGUGGAUGGGACUCCAUGCUCCCCAGACUCCACAGGAGUGUGUGUCCAAGGGAAGUGCAUUAAGGCUGGCUGUGAUGGAAAAAUUGGCUCCACUAAGAAGUUUGAUAAGUGUGGAAUCUGUGGAGGUGAUAACAAGGGUUGCAAGAAGGUGUCGGGACUCUUCACAAAGCCUGUGCACGGCUACAACUUUGUGGUCAUGUUGCCAGCGGGUGCAGCCAACAUAGACAUCCGUCAGCGAGGCUACAAGGGAAUGAUAAGUGAUGACAACUAUUUGGCGGUGAAGAACAGCGAGGGCCAUUACCUGCUCAAUGGGAACUACAUAGUGUCAGCUGGGGAGAGAGACAUCAUUGUAAAGAGCAGCCUGUUGCGAUACAGCGGCACAGCUGGCCUCUCUGAGACCCUGCAGGCCGUGAAGCCCUUGGGAGAAGCCCUGACUGUUGAGGUGCUGUGUGCGGGCCAGAUGACACCUCCUCGCAUUCGCUACUCGUUCUACCUCGCCCGUCAGACGAAGGAGCACAAGACUCUGAAGAAGGAGGGGCAUGUAAACUCCCACAACAGUGUCCUGGCUGAGGAUAAUGUCAAGGAGAAGGAAGGAGACAGCCUGAAGAAGUCCUAUAGCAAGGAGGAUCCCGCUCUUGGGAAAUGGAUAUCUGCAGGUUGGGUCGAAUGCUCAGUGACCUGCGGCAGAGGGAUCCAAAGGAGGAUGGUGCAGUGCCUGAGACCGGAUGGGAAACCAGGGUUGGACUGUGAUCCUUCACAAAGACCCUCAGCCACCAGGGUUUGUGGAGACCCAUGUCCUGAGUGGCAUAUUGGGCAGUGGUCGCCUUGCUCUAGAACCUGUGGGAAGGGCUUCAAGAGACGACCAUUGCACUGCCAAACCCAAAGUGGGCAUCUGCUCCCAAGAGACCAUUGCACUGGCUUACGCAAGCCACAGGAGCUGGACUUCUGUAACUUAAGGCUUUGUUAGUGACUAAAACUUAUAAAAUACAAAUCUUUGCUACGUUUUAAAGGGACUGAAUUGAAUCCACCUGCAAGUAUCACACGCACUGUGUCCGUCAGGUGCAGAUUUUUCCACCUACACUGUGGGACACUUACUUGGAAGAGCAAGAAGAUUAUCGGAAGGAGAGUGAAAGCCGCAGGAUAAAUGCUGGAAGAUAUUUUUCACUGCCAUCACUUGGCUGACUUCAAAAGACAUUAUUCAAGUCUAACUGAUGGCAAAAUCAAAUAAUAGAAGGUCAAAUAAAAUUUUGUUGAAUCCCUUUUUGUGUCAGCAGAUACAGAAUGCCCAUUUGCAAGCAAUCAAUCUUGUUUACCUUAUGAGACUGGAACCUGUCACAAUAUUUGAACUGUGCAGGUUUCAAAGUUUUAGUUGAGUCUUGCAUCAGCAAAGCCUUCUGGGUGUCCAAAAAUGACAUACUUAUUUUCCAAGAAGCAGAUAUAUCAGGCAACAGGGGUAUAUGCUUUGUAUGUAUAACUUUUUACAAACUGUACUAAAAUACCCGUGUGCUGCACAGUACUUCACACAGAGAAAGACAAUCCAUUUAAUGAUUAACAAUAACUUUGAUCUUCAUUGGCCAUCUUUUAGGUGGUCUUUCAGGGAAUCUUUUGAAGUCUUGAAAUUGAUUCAGAAAUUAACCUGAUCACAUAAUUUGCGUGGUUGUGCAGAUGUAGCCUUGAUUUAACAUACUGUCUGUGCUGCUGCUGCAUUGUUCAGUCCAAUCCAAAUAUAUACAUUUUCAAUUCGUUGGUUAAAAGCUGUAGGUUCUUCAAGGUUGAAACAACAUUGGAUAGAUUUCUGUAGUUAAAACCACUGUUUCAUUUGUUCCUAAAACAUUCAGUAACAGUAAUGAUGCAGCCAGCUUUACUUCUUCCAAACAAGGAGGAAAUCAGCUGCGCUUUAGACCCUGAUUUUUCUGCAGACCUCACUCAGCACCAGUCAUGGAAACAGUUUAAACUAGAUCUGGCUUUCAUGACAGAUCUGACUAAACAAAGCAGGGCAUGAAACAAUGACCAGUGGUUUGCUCCCUGUCAGCUGGUGUGGCUGCCAGCUCAGCGAUUUCAUCAGGCUGCACCCAAAAUUGCACUGCUCAUUUGAGAUAGCCUGACAUAGCACACACACCCAUGCAUGCACAUGCACUCACGUUCCUAGCCCCCUGUGUGCAGCUUGUUGGAUCGCUUCCUUCCUUUAUCAUUUGACCACAAUAAUUGUCUUCUCAGUUCAUGGUAUUCAGCCAUGUUAAGCCAUGCUUGUCUGGCAGAGUUAACACAGAUAAUUUAUUAUCAAUGAAAUGAUAAAGCGGAGAAGGGAAGAAAAACUGGCAAGCCCUCUGUUAUGCUGUACAGAAUGUGUGUUUUCAUGGAUCUCCUUGUUCAUGGCCCCACAGCCUGAGCCAAGCUUUCUUCACACUCGAUGAAAUCCUGUAAUCCAUUAUAUUCUUGUUUUGUUUCUUAAAGGGGCCACAUUGUCCAGUCCAGCAUCCAUAUACAGGAUGGAUUAUCAUUUUUAUUAUUAUUAUUUUUUUAAUCAGCUUUUGCACUUUGUACAGCAAAAGAAACACAUGACCUACAUGGGCUGCAUUGUAUACUAUGUAUACAUUUACUCAGCUCUGUGCAUAAAAUGUAAAUACUUUUUUAAUCUUUUUUUUACACAGGCAUUUGUAAUUGUCUUUGACUUCUGUAUAUUUAUUCCUAAAAUAAAGCCAUUAUGAAAAGUUA